AUGGCUACUGUUUUAAAUUCUCUUCAACUUUUUCAUAACUUUCUAAUUUUAACGACUUUUUUCCACUUUCUUAUAGAUCAUCAAUCUGACGAUGACUCCAAUUCUGAUUUUGAGGAAUACCAUGCACCUUUUUCCAUUAAUGGGAAUUCUCAAACAUCGUCUGAAGAAUAUUACGACAUUGGUGAUCCAUUAAUUGAGUGUCGUUAUUGUAAAGCCAUGAUGUGGUAUCAAGAGAGAAUGAACAAAAGUUCUCAUUUAGCCAAUCCCAAAUUUUCAUUGUGUUGUGGCAACGGAAAGGUCGAACUACCAUUACUCAAACAACCCCCUCCUUUACUAGCACAUCUCCUUUUUGAUGAAGAUAUAGUUAGCAGAAAGUUUCAACAACAAAUUCGCAUUUACAACAUGAUGUUUGCCUUCACAUCACCAGGUGCAAAGUUGGAUAACCGUUUUAACAAUGGAGGUGGACCACCCACUUUGCGAAUUCAAGGUCAAUCAUGUCAUCGUAUUGGAAGUUUUCUUCCACCAGAAGGUCAACCUCCUAAAUUUGCACAACUAUAUAUUUUUGACACAGAAAAUGAGGUUCAUAACAGAAUGCAGGGUUUGAGGAACACAAAAAACAUUGAUCCGGUAAUUGUACAAAAGUUGUCAGAUAUGCUCUACGAGCAUAACCCUCAUGCCAAAAGUUUUCAAAUGGCCAAACAUUGGUUAUUGAAUUCAGACACCCAAAACCUGAAAUUAAGACUCAUUUCUAAUAGAUCCACAGAUGGAAAAGUAUAUAAUCAACCUACUAUUUCUGAGGUUGCUGAUUUGAUAGUUGGUGAUCUUGAUACAGCAGAAAUGAGGGAUAUCAUCAUGCAAACUAAAGGUGGAGAGUUACAAAGAAUUAACGAGCUCCAUGCAAGUUACUUGGUGUAUCAAUAUACUUUAAUUUUUCCUUAUGGAGAAGAUGGUUAUAGACCAAACAUAGCUCAUCGAGACUUAGACAUAUUCCAAGACAAUAAGAGAAAUAGACUUACAAUUAGAGAGUGGCUAGCAUUUCGCAUUUAG